AUGGUAUCCGUGAAACUGUUUACUGUUUUGGUAACGGCAUCGGGCCUGUGGGCUGUUCAUGCUGGGAAAUGCAAACCACAUACAUCGUUUUUGACCUUAACAUCAGGGGCUUCAACUACCACGUCAUUCUCGUCCAGCUACUUCAAGUCAACUGAUGAUGAAGUGGAUGUCGCAUCUUCUACUGAGCAUCCGACCUCUACAGAUUCCGUCGAAACUAUAUCCUCUGGUAUGAGCGCUUCUUCAGCAACGACUUUGGACCAGCCAACAGCCCCAGGCUCAAGUCUUUCAGACCCUACAGCUACAAUCGACUCGACAGUUUCUUCUGAUGAUAUUGUGAUCGAUGUCUCGACCUUCUCGAGCAGUCCCACGACCGAUACUGGUGAUAUCAAUGCGUCAACUGGUAGUGAUGCUCCCCAUGAAGCUUCAGUCUCUACUGGACUUACCACGUUCAUUGAGAAAACUACAACUGAUACUGCCACGUCUGCCCAAUCAACUUCUGCUGAAAUUAUCGAUACCACCGAGACGAUAGUGACAACCGAAACUACCACCUCGAUGGAUGCUACUACAACAGAAUUCACAACAAUUUCUGCCCUCGAUAGUGCAAGCACAACAGAAAACCUCUGGACUUCUACCACUGUAGUCUCAUGUCCUGUCUAUUCAAAUCUCCUUGAUGACCCCAGCUUUGAGGGGGAAAACAACGCCCCCAAUAGAUGGGAAUUAAAACUUCAGUUCGAUGGCACGGCAGUGACCUACCAAAAGCAGAGCAGCAACUCUCAAGAUGUGCCGCGGGCUCAUAGUGGUGAUCAGUUUGUGCUCCUCGGUACGAAUGUUGGAACUGAUAUGCGGAGAGUUGUGUCUCUGGAUAAGAAAAAGUAUCAACUCUGGAUUACGUAUGCUGCCAUAUCUGAUCCUGACGAAGAUUGGGGUUUCAACUUUAUUGUCGUCACGAGGAACGGCCAUGCUUUCAGGCAAUUGACCAAUGUCCCGAAAGGAGAGCCUUUCGUGUACAGGGAAGAGAGCACAGUAUUUCAAGGCUGGAAAGACGACUUUAUUCAACCUUUCGUGAGAUUGAAUUCGGGCUCAAAGCCUCGUUUGGUUGCCAUUGACGACAUUUACGUGGCCGAGUAUGUGCCCUCUUGUGUCAUGACAACAGAAAAAUCCGAAUUGUGUGGCGGCAUCCAAGGCUUUGUCGGCAAUUCUGCAAAGUCGUAUCGGAUGGUAACUUUCGAUCAAGGAGAUGUGGAGAUAUGCGCGCAGCUGUGGAACAGUAUUUCAAAUCCUGUAGUCUUUUCAAAGAAGCCAAAGACAAACUGGGAAUUACUAUUAGAACGGGAAGAGGAAUGGUGUUCUACGAACGGUCAUGUUGGCAAUGUACCGGUCUUGACUGCUUGCCGUCUUGAUAUCGCCAAAGCGCAGAGUCAGUCUGACAUUAAUAAUAGUGCGGUCGCGUGCUUUAUGAUAACUAGAAAUGGUUCGGUUCGUGAGAAGGCGCUACUAUGA